AGCAUCGUGUAUUCUAAGAUGUUGGAAGAGUUGUAGAGUCAGAAUGUUGAGAAUAGUUUGACUUGUGAAAAUCGAAUUUGGGAAGAAUUAAUUGUCUAAUAUGCCAACUGGAAGGUUUCCAUUCCGUCGCACAUUUGAAUACCUCAACUCGGGAAAGUUGAUAUUAAAAUCGGAUGUGAAGAACGUGCUGUUAAAUUAUACUACUAAACAAGAAAGUCUUGGCCUCAGAAAUUUCAUUUACAAAGAUGUUCCUCAAAUUCAGUACAAGAAUCGCACUGUCCAGAUCAUGACAACGAGAAACAGAUUAAGCUAUCCAGUGGUGCAUAUAUUUUUUGGCAAUGGAAAAAAGGUGGCAAUGGAUGUGGACAGUAAAACUGGACCCGAGAUUUUAGAGAUGUUUGGUAAAGUGGCUGGAGCCACAGAAAUGGAGCAAAAAGACAGUGUAAAGGAAAAAUAUCCUGGCCGUUUGAACCCUGCAAACUUUGGCCGGUUUGGACAUUGCUACUGUAUCUGUCAGAAGCCAGGACAGAGGCCAUGCACAGCCAUUGUUCCACAUCCUGAGGCAAAGAAACCAAAAUUCUGGCAACUCAAAGAGGAAGCUUCAGCAGGAUAACUUGAUUUCGUCUUCGGAAACUAAUAUUUUUCUUGUUUGUAUAAUAUGUUUUGGUGAAAGCUGAAGUUCAAAUUUAUCAUUAGUUUGAUAUUUUUCAAACCAGAGUAAUAUUAAUCUUCCAUCUUCUCAGAUCAAGGAAAUAUGAGUAGCUACAAGACAAAGGGAAAUCAAAGUAAAAAUAUUUUAAGCCAGGAAAAAACUUAAAUGCACACCAUAUACACAAUCCUAAGAAGUGAUCAAACAUUUUCAAAAUCAGGGUGUAACACUUUGUUCCUUAAUUUACAAAAUAAACUGUAUUUAACUUUUCA